GCAGCCAAUCACUGGCGUUCCAAUGAAUGAGAACCUGAGCAUCCUGAUGCAGGAAGAACCGAGAGAGAGCUCAGAGCAGGAGUAAAGGUCUUCAGGGAGCCCCCGGUGGUGGAGCUCAGAAGUUCCAUCACGGCCUCAGUCCAGGGAAGCUUCAGGAGAACGGCUAGUCAUGGACAGGUAAUCAGCACUGAGGAGUGUCCAACACAACAGACUAGAAGAUGCUUCACAGAGUCCUGGUCUCCUCUGUGUGCUGGAGGACAUGUGGAAGCUGAUCUUCAUGCAGCACGCUGCUCGUAUCACCUUCUAACGUGUGGACCUUCCUCAAGAAGAAGACGGCGUUCUCUGGAGACAACGGAGGACGCUCAUUGCUCAUUUCGGAUAGAAGGGACAUGUUGUCUUUUGUUGACGCUCUUUGAGUGUUUGGAAACCAACCCGCAUCAAAGCCUCCUGCUUGUCUGCAUCGAGUGGAACCGGCCUGAUGACACAAGUCAGUCAGCUGAACGUUUGGGUCCGUUUGGAGCAGAAUGCACCCGGUCCCCUGGUUUGUGGUAGUGCUCCUGGCAGUCCGUGCCCCUGAAUUCUGCUGUGCCGGACCUCUCCAUGCCCAGUGCAAAGUUGAAUGGUACUUUGGGAUUCCUUGCAGAGUGGUUUAUGAAUCCCUGCUGUCACAGAUUACCAUGUGGAGAACCAUGGCUGGCUGCACCAUGGGAGGACAGAGGUGUCUGUACAAGCUGCAGUCUGCUUCUGUCCACUUCAUAGCAGCCACACACAGCUCUCCCUUCACCAGGUAUGUGGAGGACAUCAGCUUCCGCCUGGCCUCCUAUCACUUCUUCACCUGCUGUCACCUGUCGGCCAUGUCCAUCUCUGAGACCUGGUAUGUCGUCACAGACCACGGCACCAACUACUGCAACAUCUACAACCUCAUCCAAGGAAGUGGUCUGACCGAAGCCAGAGGUUACAGAGAGGUCACCAGUGACUUCCUGUGUACCCAACGCUCCUCUGCUAACUGCACCGUCUACUGACGCACGAUUCAGGGCACACAGCAACAGUCCACGGGUUCCUGCUGCUUGUUACAGCUGUAUUUGGGAGUUUGUUGUCUGUUUCCAUUGAGGAAUAAAUACGUAAUG